UUUCAAUGCAUUUCUCUAGUAAAUCUCUCCUCUGUACUAUAGAAAACUCAAAACCCCAUUUUUAAAAAAUCAUGCAAAUGCACCUCUCCUAAACUUUUUCUCAGAACUCACAUUGAUGAAGGACAUGCCAUUCUUUCACCUCAAGAACUCCUUAGGAGCCAAGAUGAAGAAAGGCUUCAGAACUUUCUGCAGCAGCGAUGGUUCAACCUCAAUUCUCAACCAACAAAAUAGUAGUACUAUUGGCAACACCAGCCAUAGCCAAGGUGACUUCACAAGCAAGGUAAGCUCCCCUUACUUGCAUGAUGACAAUUCAAAGCAAAAUUCACCAACACUAGAAGAUCUUAUACUACAACUAGAAUUGGAGGAAGAGAUGGCUAAGAAAGCUAAGCUAAAUAAAUAUAGUGGAAUAAGGGGUAGGAUGUCAUGUGUGAACAACUCUGACAUCUUGAGAUCUGCAAGGAAUGCCUUGAAUCAGUACCCAAGGUUUUCACUUGAUGGUAGGGACUCCAUGUACCGGUCUUCUUUUGGGAACAUAGAAGGAAGAAGAUCAGUUUGCAGUGAGAGAAGUUUAGGAGGAAUGUUACUUGAAGAGAAUGAUCAUUCAGACUCAAAGAUUGAUAAGGUUAUGUCUUUGCCUCAAACAUUGGGAGGGGAGAGUGUAGUGUGGUGUAAACCAGGUGUUGUAGCCAAGUUAAUGGGUUUGGAAGCUAUGCCUGUGCCAGUAAGUAGCAAAAGAUCAAACAACAAAGAGAAGUUAAGUACUGUUGUUAGGAGAAAAAAUCUAAGGAGGAGAUUUGAGAGGCAUGACUUGGAGAGAAAACUAGCAAUGGACAUGCAGAGUUAUCAUGACAUUAGAAGACACAAGUCCAAUUGUUGCUCUAAAAAUGGGUAUUGUAUUAUGAAGCCUGUUCCUUUUAAGCCUCUGGCGGGUGGUCCUGGCAAUUGGCAGCCCCGGAGAUAUGCUUAGAAUCCAUGCUCUAAAACUUCCUAAUCUACAAAAGAUGUUUAUUCUGUUUGAAGUUAUGC